AAAUCAUGAAUUCCCAGUACUUAAUCAUCUUAAUCUUAAUAAUAAACACGAACGGUUUAAAACAUAAAAAGGUAAACAAAACGGAACCAGUGAAAGUUAGUGUAAAUAAAAGUGAAGUACACAAGAAUGUAUCAGAGUUUGAAUCUGUGAGGAGUAAGAAGGGACAGAAAGUGCCGACGCCACCGCCCCCAACUACAACAGAGAAGCCUAUCCCUAUUAUACCACCUGAGAUGGUACAAGAAUGGGCUCAAGAAAUAUCCGAAAUGCUGUUCCAACACGAAGACCGCGUGGUCCGAAGAAAAGAAUUGCUGGAGAAGUUUUCAGAUAUAAAAAUAGAGGAAAGGAAUGGGUUUUCCAUUGUGCAGAAGAUGGCCAAGGAUUUGGAGGAUCUGCUCACGAGACGCACACGAGCUGCAGAGAGAAUAGGAAGACAUGCGGAGGCGCUAGCCAGUUCCACUGGACCUACGCCGCGAGGAUACACCUACUUCAGAAGUGAGGGAUUAAAUGAACUGAAGACAAAGCAAUACCCUGAUUCAAAAUACGAAAUGAGAACCUGGUGCAGGAGCUUGUACAAUAUUCCUCUGAAGAAAAGCUUGCAUUUUGACGGUGACAUCUCUUUAGAAGCUUCCAGUGUAUAUGUUGCUGUAGAAGUUUUCGAUUGUGUGCCACCUGUUAAAGAACAUUUGUACUGGUCAGAAGGAUUGAUAAGCACAUUUAAAGAAAAUUAUGCACAAGAUGCCACGAUGGAUUUUCAGUAUUUUUGCAGUGCCAAAGGAUUCCUACGCCACUAUCCAGCGGCUUUAUGGAGCAGCAUGUACCAACUGCACUUGGAAGACGAGGCAGACGUGUACGACUGCCGCCUACGCCCUUGGUACGUGGCGGCGGCGGGCGCUCCUCGGGAUAUCCUCAUUUUACUUGACGCUUCGGGAUCAAUGAAUAAUUCCUUUAAUUCCAUCAUAGCGGAGAAGUUUACGCUGGCCUUCCUCAGUGCUCUUACUGACGACGAUCAAGUCAACGUGUUGAGAUUCAACGUCAUUGUAGAAUCGCCCAUCAGCUGUUUUAACGAGAAACUUGUGCCCGCCAACCACGUGAACUCGGCCGCAAUGAUGGCUGCCCUCAAAGACACCAGGCUGAUCAACGAGACGAACAUGAAGCUGGUACUGACGUAUGCCGUGGAGAUGUUGCAACGGCAACAGAAAGAACCCGACCAUCCACCGGCUUGCCAACAAGCUAUCGUUCUGGUCGCUGAUUGUAUUGACAGGAACUUUACUGAGCUGAUGAAGGAGUUGGAUCCUAAGGGUCAUAUCAGACUUUUCGUCCUCUGGCUUCACGACAUCCACGGUCUCAGAGACAACACCCGCGCGUACGCCGACCAGAUCAGCUGCGAUAGAGACGGGUACUUUGCGGAGCUGACCACGCAUGCUGACGUCACGGAGCAGGUCAUACAGAUCCUGAGAGUCCUCGAGCGGCCUCUAGUGUCGCAGAGGAAGGAAAGGCUAAAAGUGUUCAGCGAUGUCUACGCUCAUGUGGAGGAUCCACGAAGAGCAGAACUCUAUUGGCAACUGAAAGAGAACGCCGAGCAAAUGUACAGGUAUAAACAGCUUCGGAAAGACAAGAAAGCGCUGCUUAACAGUUCCCGUCUGAUGGAAGACUACUUACACCAAGAAACAUUGGAUACAGACGGCCAUUAUUAUGAGGGCGAGGAAAUCGACUACCGGCUCCAAAUAAGCGUCUCAGUACCAGUUUUUGAUUUCACUACCGUAGAGAAUAUUACUAAAAAGUUGGAUGAGGAAAAGCAGAGAAUAUCUACAAGAACGUACCCAGUAAAUCGCCUGUUGGGGGUCGCAGGGGUUGACAUUCCAAUAGAUCAUCUUAAAUUAAUACUACCAUAUUACCAGCUCGGAGGGGGCGGUGACCUGUUCGUGCUCGACCACCGAGGCAACAUCGUACUGCAUGAUAAUUUGAAGCCAGUUCUUGAUGGCGAUAUUUUGAAGCCAGGUUACCGCACCGUCGACUUCUCUGAAAUGGAACAGGCUGGUGUAAGUCACCCGCCAAGGCGAUAUCCUCAGAAAUGGCGAGAGCUCCGCAAGGCACUGGUCUUAGACCAAACUAACGGGAGCAGGACAAUCCUAGCGAAGAACAUCUUCGACGGCGGCAUGAGGGCGAGGGUGGAACAGCGGGAGUAUCACUGGCAGCGGGUGCUGGAACACUACACGGCGGUGGUGGUGAUCCCCGCCAGCUACAACCGGCGCCGAGCGGUGCCCGCGGGAGUUUUCACGCAGAAAUUGGCGGCUGAAGCUCUGAAGACGCUAUCGAGGAGCGAAUUUUCUAUCCAUCCUCAAUGGCUGUACUGCCGACACGUGGAGCCAAGGUUCACGACCCGUGAAGACGAGGUCCGACACUUCGUCAGGAGGAGAAGCGAGGAACCAAACUUUGCCAUGAAGAAAACCGACUACUUCUUUUCUUCCAUCGGACCUGGUCUAUUUGAUGAACCAUAUCAAUGUAAUGAAGAAUUAAUGGCCCGGCUGUGCAAGGAGGCUGUAGCGACCGCGAAGUGGGCGGACGAGCACGAGGACCCCGACAGCGGUCGGGACUGCUCCAACUGCGAGCUGGGAUCAGUCACGGCCUUCUUUGCCAGCGAAAGCGGUCUAACCCGUUGGCAGCAAUACCACGCGACGACGUCCCACCUCGAGCCACCAGACGGGUCUGUCUGGCCCGGCGGCCCCAGCGAGACCUGGUACAAGCGCGCCGUGUCCUUCCCUGACACAUUGGUGAUACAUGCUCCUGUUACUCCUUACAGGAAGAUGCGGAAUUCCGACGUCAGAGUAAGACCGGUAGGUGAGCGAUCCGAAUGGCUGACCGCCGCCCGGACGCUGGGGACUCCGGCCAAGGGCACGGUGGGUGUCGCAGGGUUCCACUUCCAUCCUAGACACAUGGAAGACGUUCUGCGAGCUACGACGAACUUUCCGUGUACCAGUACAAAUAAGGACAAAUGUGAGGUCCAAUGCGACGGCAUCAUCUGGUCUUGCGUGGUGAUCGACGAGGGGGCUUGGAUCGUGGCCGGAGACUUAGAAUACGAGAGGAAGACCACAGAGUACCCUGUGAGGCGCCACCUAGCGGCCGUGUACCCGGCGGCUAUGUCAGCCCUACUGAACCAUACCGUGUAUCGGCUGAAUUGGAUUCAUGACUAUCAAGCGGUAUGCUUCCCGAGGAAGGAUAGCUCGGCUGCGAUUGCUGUUAUUUCGACCCUGCUGAAAUCUUUUUGGUGCACUGCGAUAGUUCUUUUUCAUCUUUCGAAGGAAAUUGGAACGUUUUUCACUUUACUUGGUUCCACUAGUUUUGUAAACGCCGACACCGAGGAAGAAAAAAGGAAACGUCGUCGUCGUCUGUUCCGGGACUACGAGUUGGAGAAAUACGAGAGUCUGUACGACGAUCGAGUGCUCGUGAAUCGCACGCGCAUCGCCGCCUGCGACCGCUCGCGGCCCAUGUAUCAGCUGCAGGACACGAAAGAAGCUAAAGAGGCUUUGAAGCAGUCCAUGUCUCCCUGCAAAUGGCCACUUGUAGCAGCCCCUGUGCCCGGAACGAACCUGCUUCUGUUGGCCGUGUACAAACUGUGCGACUACACUGGAGGCCGCGCUGUUCCCGACCCGCUCACUAACCAGAAGAUCGAUAUGAAACAAAUCGAACUGCCUUCGGACAUCGAGUGGGGCGCGAUGAAUGACGAGAGCUGGUUAGCGUGCUGGCGGAACCUCGAGCCACUGCCCGGACGACCGCCACACACUCGCUGCUACCCUCACCAAUAUGCACAGGAGGCGGGCUACCGUCAAUGCGGACCUUGGGUGCCGAACCCUGACCAACCCGAGGAAGAUGAAGAAGAGGUUGAAGAAGACGAGUACGAUGAAGAAGAGGAAGACACGGGAAUUUGGUCCUUCCUGAAAGUUAUCAACCACGCCAGCAGACAUUCUCCAACAGUUUUAUUGCUACUCUGCGUCUUCACUCUUUAACAAAUGCCUACUUAAUAUCCUAUCACCUUAAACUUU